AUGCAAGACAAUUUCCGCAACUUCAGUUGGAUUCUGCCCGGCGCGCUGGCGGGAGCCAUGGGGCCGACGGAACGGCGGCACCUGAUUUACCUGGAGCUCAACGACGUUACCGCCAUCGUUCGCAUGGAGGAACAGACGAUUUCGGCAGAGCCGUGGGGUUUCGAGGAACUGUUUGAUCCCGUUCCGGAUUUCGAGGCUCCGUCAGUGGAACAGAUCGACCGCAUCAUCAACUUCGUGGAGCAGCAGGUCGAAACAUGGGAGCGGCCCACGGUGGUUACCUGCGCGGCCGGGAUUGGGCGAACCGGCACUAUCCUGGCCUCUUACCUGGUCAACACGGGCUGGGAUGCUGACGAAGCGAUCAGCUACAUUCGGCAACUGCGGCCCGGUUCGAUACAGACAGCCUCCCAGGAAGAGGCGGUACGGGAAUACGCAGUGUUCGUCAAAGAGCGGAACGACAAUCUGCCGCGCCGGUUCCGGUGA